UUUGGCUCAAAGCAAUAGCACCAGGACGGCUCAAGACAGCUUUGGGACUGUCCUUGCAAAAGUAUGUCGUACUAUGCCGGGCCGGCGGGCCAUCCGACAGGUACCCGCCUCUUCCGUCACAAGCUGACACCGCAGGAGGAGGAGAUCAUCAAAGUGUCUUUUGAAUCUUUCAGCGAGGAGUCCUUGGAUGACAAGGGUGAGACCAUUCGAGUGAUCACUAUAGACUCUUUGCGGCAGGCGUUCCUUCAGAUUGACGCGUCGGGGGACAUCCAUGACGUCCAGCUCAUGAUCGAUGAUAUAGAUGCCAACAAUGAUGGCAGGAUCGACUAUGAUGAGUGGAAGGGUAUUAUGACCCGCAAGCUCCUGGGCGAAGACAGCAUGAGCUCUGCGCCGCACACAUUCGAGGUCUUGGACGAUAACAAGGAUGACUAUAUUCCUGCGGUCGAAUUGCGGUCGCUACUGAUGAAGGAGGGACAAGCUCCUCUCAGUGAGCAGGAGGUUGAUGAACUGCUGCUUUUUGCUGACCCAGAUCAGGAUGGACUUGUGAAUUACAAAGAGUUCCUGAGGUGGCUCAGCAAUCCCUACUGGCAUCACCAAUACAAGGACUAGGGUGUACUUGGCGACGCUUUCAUGGCAACAGCUCCUUGGAUUCGCUUGCGAUGUCGAGCGACCGGGUGAAAUGCCUUUAGCUGAGCCAAACUUUUUGCGUACGGCAGAAAGUGCCGUAUCACUGCACCGCUGCUCCGCUGUUGGCGAGUGUUGCUGGAUUGUACAGUAGCAGUUUCGCCUUUUGCGAGCGAUGUGAAUCGGUAUAAUUCGUUUGAGAGGCAGAAGUGUUUCCUGUAGAGUUGAGCGAUCUGGCUAGCAGCUCUGCUGUGCCUCAGCUGGCUUCAAGUGCCAUGAGUUGCAUCGGACACAUCUCUUGUGUGCACACUUGCAG